GAGGAGCUGGUGGCGGUCGCCUCCCGGCUGUGGCAGCGGCGGCGGCGCGCCUGCCUGGCGGCCGUCGGCGUGCUCCUGGCCAUGGCGCUGGGGCUACUCAUCGCCGUGCCGUUGCUGCUGCAGGCGGCGCCCCCCGGCGCGGCGCACUACGAGAUGAUGGGCACCUGCCGCAUGAUCUGCGACCCGUACAGCGCCGCACCCGGCGGGGGGCCCGCGGGCGCCAAGGCGCCGCCGCCCGGACCCAGCACUGCCGCCCUGGAAGUCAUGCAGGACCUGAGCGCCAACCCUCCGCCCCCCUUCAUCCAGGGACCCAAGGGCGACCCGGGACGACCCGGCAAACCGGGGCCGCGGGGGCCCCCUGGAGAGCCGGGCCCGCCUGGACCCAGGGGUCCCCCGGGGGAGAAGGGCGAUUCGGGGCGGCCGGGGCUGCCCGGCCUGCAGCUGACGGCGGGCGCGACAGGCGGUGUCGGGGUGGUAGGUGGCGGAACCGGGGUCGGCGGCGACUCCGAAGGCGAAGUGACCGGCGCGCUGAGCGCCGCCUUCAGCGGUCCCAAGAUCGCCUUCUACGUGGGUCUUAAGAGCCCCCACGAAGGCUACGAGGUGCUCAAGUUCGACGACGUGGUCACCAACCUCGGCAAUCACUACGACCCCACUACCGGCAAGUUCAGCUGCCAGGUGCGCGGCAUCUACUUCUUCACCUACCACAUCCUCAUGCGCGGCGGCGACGGCACCAGCAUGUGGGCGGACCUCUGCAAGAACGGGCAGGUCCGGGCCAGUGCCAUCGCUCAGGACGCCGACCAGAACUACGACUACGCUAGUAACAGCGUGGUGCUGCACCUCGAUUCAGGGGACGAGGUGUACGUGAAGCUGGACGGCGGGAAGGCGCACGGAGGCAACAACAACAAAUACAGCACAUUCUCUGGCUUUCUUCUGUACCCGGAUUAGGAGCGCAGGGAGCGCGGGGCAGAGUGGCCUCAGGCCACCCUGUGCCCCUGGCGGAGAGCUGUUACCCGGCUGGAGAGGACCACUCUCGCUUCAUGACACUUCCUGACAUCUACGGAAAAGACACAUCCCUGCCGUCCUCCCUGCCCCGCUCCGACCUCAGUGUGUCUGCUACUCACCACGCUCCACUCUGGGCUGUCCUCCUGGUCCCUGUCCCCUACCUGGGGAGGGAGAAGGGGAUGCCUGAGUGGCGAGGUGAGCGUGAACCCGAACCCCAGAAGCGAGGCAGCUCAGUUCAGACUUUGCAAACCUGACUGGACUGGACAGGCCUGGCGGGAGGCCUGCCCUUCCAGUCCCCCCUCCUUCUCCGACUGCCCUGAGACCGAGGGCUCCUAGCCCUGGCCAGCGAGGUAGGCCAAAGUGAGCAGGAGCUCCCUGGGGCAUCCUUCUUUGUGACCCAAAAUACCUGUGCAAAUUUCCCUGUGCAUCAGCCAGAAACCACCCGCAGCAGAAUCCCAGCAAAUGGAAAACUCACCUCGCCACUGCACUCCUGAGUCAGACCCACCUUGACGCAUUAAAUUAUGUUUUUAGACCAUGGGCUCCGACUCUCUCUCAGCGUGGCCCCAGGACCGGGGGGCCUCCAGACAUCUACCCUGGCGUAAAGACCUUAACUGGGCCCUGAGUAGCCUCAUAUAUACCCUGCUUGCUGGCCACUGCCUUGGCUCUGCCACCUGGGGUGGGUGAAGAGAUGUGGGGAGAGGGGGUGGCAGCCUCCCUCCCUUUGGG